CGGCUUCUCCGCCCUGCCUUCUUCGGUGUGUCGGCCAUUUUGGACUAGUUCCCCCCGGGUCCGUGCCGAGGCCUCGUUUCCUCUCACAGAGAAGAGAGAAAAAAACCACCCAGAAAAAGAUGGCCGAAUAUUCAGCAGUGGCGCCUCCCAGCACGUUAAGCGGUGGUGCUAGCGGCGGUGGCGGCGGAGCGGGAGGAGCAAGCGGCGGUGCUGGCGCUGCAGCUGGCGGCGGCGGGGGCGGAGGAGCGGCAGGUGGCGGCGGCGGCGGCGCCGGGGCUGGAGGUGCCGGCGGCUUCAAGAACGACGCUUUCGCCGACGCCCUUCAGCGGGCGAGGCAGAUUGCAGCAAAAAUUGGUGGGGACACAGCUACCACAGUAAAUACGUCAGACUAUGGAUAUGGUGGACAGAAAAGGCCGCUGGAAGAUGGAGAUCAACCAGAUACCAAGAAAGUUGCUCAGAAUGAUCCAUUUGGAGCACAGCUAGCUGCAAUGCAUCAACAGAGGGCAAUUGCCACGGAGGAAUACAAAGUACCUGACGGUAUGGUUGGAUUCAUAAUUGGUCGAGGUGGAGAACAAAUCUCACGCAUUCAACAAGAGUCUGGGUGCAAAGUACAGAUCGCUCCUGACAGUGGUGGUUUACCAGAAAGAUCUUGCAUGCUGACAGGAAGUCCUGAUUCCAUUGUAGCUGCAAAGAGGUUACUUGAUCAAAUUGUUGAAAGAGGCCGAAUUGGUCCCGGUACGCAUCAUGGAGAUGGACCAGGUACUUCAGUGCAGGAGAUUAUGAUUCCUGCGAGCAAAGCUGGACUUGUAAUUGGGAAAGGUGGAGAAACAAUCAAGCAACUGCAAGAGCGUGCGGGAGUCAAGAUGGUGAUGAUUCAAGAUGGACCUCAGCCAACAGGAUCAGAUAAACCCCUCCGCAUCACUGGAGAUCCAUUUAAAGUACAGCAAGCCAAGGAUAUGGUGAUGGACCUAAUUCGUGACCGAGAGCAGGGUGGUUUUAGAGAGCAGCGUAAUGAGUACGGAUCCCGUUUAGGAGGAACAAAUGAAGCAUUGGAUGUCCCUGUACCUCGCUUUGCUGUUGGUAUUGUAAUAGGGAGAAGCGGAGAAAUGAUUAAGAAGAUACAGAACGAUGCUGGUGUGAGGAUUCAGUUCAAGCCAGAUGACGGGACGACGCCAGAAAGGAUAGCUCAGAUCUUGGGCCCUCCCGACAGAUGUCAGCACGCUGCAGAAAUACUUACAGACCUCCUACGAAGUGUGGAGGCUGGAAUGCCUCCAGGUCCUGGUGGUCCUGGGCCAGGCAGAGGAAGAGGGAGAGGCCAAGCAAAUUGGAAUAUGGGCCCUCCUGGUGGACUUCAAGAGUUCACUUUCACGGUACCGAGCAGCAAGACUGGGAUAAUCAUUGGCAAAGGUGGUGAGACCGUAAAGGCAAUUAGCCAACAGUCAGGGGCAAGGAUUGAGCUUCAGAGAAACCCACCUCCAAAUGCUGAUCCCAACUUUAAAAUGUUUAUUAUUCGUGGAUCAACUCAGCAGAUUGAUUAUGCUCGACAACUUAUUGAAGAGAAGAUUGGGGCUCCUACUGGUCCUCCUGGGCCACCUGGUCCCCAUGGUCCUCAUGGACCACACUUGCCUCCUGGCCCUCAUGGGCCCCCUGCUCCUCCAGGCCCUGGAACUCCUAUGGGGCCCUAUAAUCCAGGGCCCUAUAAUCCAGGCCCACCUGGUCCUCCUCAACAUGGUCCACCAGCACCAUAUGCUCCACAAGGAUGGGGGAAUACCUAUCAGCCCUGGCAGCAACAGAGCCAACCAGAUCCAAAUAAAGCUGGAGAUGCAAAUACAGCUGCAUGGGCAGCAUAUUACGCUCAGUAUUAUCAGCAACAAGCACAGCAGCCACCUGCACCUUCAAGCACUGGUCAGGGCAGUACCCCAAAUUCUGCACCGGCUGAUCCAAACCAACCCAACCCAGCCCAACCUCCUCAGACUGAUUAUACCAAAGCCUGGGAAGAAUAUUACAAGAAAUUAGGUCAACAGGGACAACCACAAGGAGCACAACAGGAUUAUACAAAAGCUUGGGAAGAAUACUACAAGAAACAAAGUCAGGCAGCUCAAGCUUCUAGUACGGCAGCUCAGCCAGGUGGGCAGCCAGACUACAGUGCUGCGUGGGCUGAGUAUUACAGACAGCAAGCAGCUUAUUACAGUCAGACGAACUCCCAAGGAAUUCCCCAGCAUCCGCCAGCGCAACAACCCCCCCCACAGGCCCAGUAAUGUGAAGUGGAGAUAUUUGCGUCAUUUGGGGAAAAGCCUUUGUAAAAUUAAUGGAUGCAGACGGCUUGAUGAAGAUCUUAAUUUUGUUUUUUGGUUUAAAAAAAUAGUGUUUCUUGCAAUUGUCAUACUUAAGAGGUAGCGAACUUGAUAACCAUUAUUUUGUGUAGAAAUGCAAAUUUGGUUUGCUUUUAGUGAAACACAAUAGUUUGAACAUUCCAGCAUAUGUAUUUCAAUUUCUAUUCAGUCACUAUAGUGACGUGCUUCUGUUGUAAAAUGUAUUAAUUCCAUUGUAUACCUGUUCACUUUUAAAAGAAAAUGCUUGUUUGUGCUUGACAAU